AAAGAGAUAGAAUACAUUUCGAAGAAAUUGCAAUCUUACGAUUGGAAGACUUACCCUCAUAGAUGUCUUCUUAUUUUAGAUGACUUUGCUUCUCAUCCUUUGUUAAAGAACAGAGAACAAGAUAUGUGUCGAAUUCUUAAGAAGCUCAGACACUUUAACAUCUCAGUUGUCAUUUGUGUACAGACAGCAAAGAGUUUAAGUAAGGAUGUUAAAAGAAUACUUACUGAUAUCAUACUUUUCCCUGGAUUGUCCGAAGACGAUUUCAUGGAACUUAUGAAAGAGUCCAUGGCAGGUAAGUUUGACAGACAUGAACUAUGGGAGAAGUACAAAGUCAUACAAGACCCUCAUACUUCUUUCAGAAUUCAUAUCUACGCAAACAAAGUUCAAAUUGUAAAAAGUCAAGCUUGA